AUGGAGACUCGAGUGAAAGAUUCUUUCUUCCCCAACUCUUGCGUAUGGAACAAGGAUAAGAUUGAUGCAAUACUUCCAGAGCUUACACCGAAGAUCCUAAGCAUCCAAGCGAGUCUUGAAGGCGCACCUGACAGGCGCAUCUGGCUAAAGCACAGCUCGGGAGAAUACACAACGAAGACGGGAUACCGAGCAGCACUGGAAAACAGAGCAGAGGAGACGGAAAACAGAGAACGGGUGGAGUUCCAAUGGACCAAGAAGAUCUGGGAGGUGAGUAUACCACCGAAAAUAAAACUCCUUAUUUGGAAAGCAGUCCACGGAGGACUCCCAGUCAAUGAGCGCUUGGAGACCCGAUAUAUUAUCCCAAGCGCAGCUUGUGUGAAAUGUGGAGAGAUUGAGACAAUAGCCCAUGUGUUUUUCACCUGUCCGUUUGCGAGGGAGGAGGUGGUCACAAAGGCUAUUAUAGAUGCUAAGGAGUGGAAUACAGCACAGGUGAAGAACAUACCGCCGGAAACGGCGAAGAGAGGACCAAGAAUGGAGACGAGAUUUGAUAUUAUAUGCCAAUCAGAUGCUGCCUGGAAAAAAAAAAGCUCAACGGCAGGAACAGCUUGGAAAUUCUCAGGUUCAGACGAAGAUCGAUCCAGAUCAAACACAAAGAUUUUCACAUUGGUGAAAUCACCCCUCGUGGCAGAGGGCUUAGCCUUGCGUUCAGCAAUGGAGCAAGCGAUUUUGUUGGAUUACAAACAAAUCUCUUUUGAAACAGACUCGAAGAUAUUGGUGACAGCUAUAUUGGAAGGUUCCCACAUCUCAGAUUUGCAUGGAAUCCUAUCGGAUAUCAAGACUUUGGCUACGGCCUUUACCUCUAUCUCGUUUCAUUGGGUCGCUAGAAACUCUGUGUCGGCUGUUGACAUGCUAGCUAAACAGGCUCUUAAUGCAUUUGUAUCAAACUUGGUUUAA